AUGGUGUGUACUAUCUUCUUCUGUUCUGCCCUAGCAGAAGAAAUAAAUUGCACAGCAUGCACCGAGUAUCUUUGGACUGUAAAAAAUCCAGUGACAGCAAACAUAAAGUUCAAUGAUCCAAAACUAAGAGGUAGUUUCGUUCUGUAUGACAACAUGAAAGAUAGUGGAACUCAAAUAUCCGGACAAUUUGCUCGAGGAAUAAAGUUGAACGACCCUCAUUUGUACAAAUUCACCGCUCAUAUACACUCUACUU